AUGGGCUUCUUCACCACGAAUUCAGACUCGGAAAAGGAGAAUGUCCCCUCUCACGGAUUGCCCGUGCCGGGGACAGUACACCUCGUCGACCUCGAAGGCACCAUGCGAGCCAAACAUGCCAAAGGUUCUCUUCACGAUGUCGUUCUCGUGCCUGCACCUUCUGCAGAUCCCGACGAUCCUUUAAACUGGUCACCCGCCCGCAAAGCCCUCUCCACCACCUGCAUGUGCAUCUACGUCCUCAUGGUAGGAAUCGCCAGCGCAGCAAUCUACUCUGUCCUCGAACCCAUUUCCAACGCCACAGGCCUCACGCUAGGGAACCUCAACGCGGGAACCGGCUACAUGUUUCUCGCCUUUGGCUGGGGUUGUCUCAUUUGGCAACCCCUCGCCCUGCAAUACGGUAAACGCCCCAUCUACCUCUUUUCCAUCCUCGCCACAGCCGCGAUUCAAGUCUGGGCACCUUAUACAAAAAACAACAGCCAAUGGAUCGCGAAUAAAGUGUUGCAGGGUUUUGUGGGAGCGCCGAUUGAGUCUUUGUGUGAAAUUAGUGUGACGGAUAUUUAUUUUCAGCAUGAGAGGGGAUUUUAUAUUGCUGUGUAUGGAUUGUUGUUGGCGGGAAGUAAUUUUUUUGCGCCGAUUAUUGCCGGGUUUAUUACGGAUGGGCAGGGUUGGGAAUGGGUUUUGUAUUGGAGUGCGAUUUUUAAUGGCGUGGGGUUUGUGAUUUUGUUCUUUUUUAUGGAGGAGACGAAUUUUCGGCGGGAAGUGCUUUUUGGAAGGGAGAAUGAUGAGGGGACGGCGGAGACGACGAUGACGAUAACGGGCAAGCCUGCUAGUCUCGCUCAUAGCGACGAUGAGAAAAAGACUCCGGAUAGUCCUCAAGUGCAAGAAGCAGAAGAACAAGGAGAAGCAGGUCAAGCAAGCACCUACACCAAGAAAUCCUACCUGGACAAACUCAAACCUCUGCGCUCGGCCGACAUUUACAAACCCAACCGCCUCGUCGGAAUGGCCAUUCGUCCGCUCAUCUUCCUGACUUUCCCCGUCAUCUUCUACUCGGGAUUCGCGUACGGCUCCAAUCUCGUCUGGUUCAAUGUCCUCAACGGCACCACCAGCCUCAUCCUCUCCAACCCACCCUACAAUUUCCGCGCCUCCAUGGUCGGUCUGACGUACAUUUCCUGCUUAAUCGGCACGGGCAUCGCGACGAUUUACACGGGCUGGUUUGGUGAUAAAUUUGUGCUCUGGCUCGCGAGACGAAAUGGAGGAAUUAUGGAACCCGAGCAUCGAUUGUGGUUGUUUGUUCCCGAAAUGAUUUUAUUGCCGUUUGCGUUGAUUUUGUGGGGAGUCGGUUCGGCGCAUGAAAUUCAUUGGUUUGGAUGUGUGUUUGCCAUGGGAGUGAUUUCGUUGACGAUUGUGAUUGGAUUGCAGUUGAGUAUUUCGUAUUGUAUUGAUAGUUAUAAGGAUUUGUCUGGAGAGGCGAUUGUGACGGUGAUUUUGGUGAGGAAUACGAUGAGUUUUGCGGUGAGUUAUGGGAUUACGCCGUGGGUGACGGAUAUGGGACUGCAGAAUGCGUUUUUGGUUGCGGCGUUUGUGGGAAUGGCGCAGGUGGCGACGUUUUUGAUUUUUGUCAAGUUUGGGAAGAGUAUGAGGAGGAAGAGUGCGCCGAGAUAUGUCAAGUAUGUGCAGCAGAUGGCGAGUGAUGGACUGGUUCAUUGA